GCUGGGAGAGCAGCGAGGACGGUUUGGAGGUGUUUGCAGUCAUGGAGUUCUGUGCGCCUUGAACCUCUGGUGUGGCUCCAUCCCCUGUGGGUUUUGCCUUUCGGUGGCCGUUGCUUGGCUGAGGCUGCAGUUCUUGGGGUCCGCAGUGGUUCUUCCCUUCGCUCUCAGGUUUGGCGUUUGCCUCCUGCAGGAUGAGGCUGUCCGUAAGUCGCAAUGCUAAUCGGGGUUCUCCAACGUCUGAGUGCUUCUAACCCAGAAUUCACAAAUGCAGACCCCUCUCACUUUCAAGAACCCGGUACUGAGAAAAGGACCCAAGAUGAAUGAGUCGUCUGAGGAUUCUGGGUACUGAAGUGAUGGAAAUGCUGACCAAAUAGCUGAGUAAAAUGUCUCCUUUGUGGACUUCUUCUGAAUUCCAUGAUUUCAUCUGUGUUUAAAACGCAGUAUAAAAGCAGAAAGGGGUUAAGCACAACUUUGCUGUUUGCUCUCAUUUUCAUUUGGCAGGCAGCGCUGUGCUGUCAGUUUGAAAACGCGUUACUCAGUGUGUGGAAGCAGCCCAAAAUUUCUCUUGCUUUUUCAUUAUUAGUAAUUGUCUUUUUGCAGUGUUUACCCUCUUGUCUCCUUUAUUGUUAGUUACUGGUCGCAGCAGAGGCAGGAAACUACUGCUCCACCAUUUCUUGUGCAUAGCCGUGCUGUUUCUGGGCUUGCUUUGUCACUUGGGAACCUACCACCCAUGUAACUGUUGAGUCCAUCUGAGAUUUGUGCAAUGUAAUGCUUCUUUCUUGUCCGAGGCAAGGCAGAGUGUGAUAUUAACUCUUUUUCUUGUCUGUUGCCCUCACCGUUCAGAUGGUAAAUGUGUGUGUGUGUGUAUAUAUAUAAAACUCAUUUGGGAAUUAAAUGAGGGUGGUUUCAAAAGGGCUCUGCUGUGCUCGGGAGCAGCAGACUGCUGUCUUUCAGCUGCCCAGUGCAACACACAUUCCAGCUUUUCUGCAGCCACAGAGCUUGCAAAGAGCCUCGCAGGUGGGUGGCUGAUAGAAGCACUGGAUCUGCUUAAUUGUCUUGUGAGUGGGACCUUCAUGUUUAUAAUCCAGAGAUUUCUGCGAGUCCCAUAGUAACUAAGUGGGUGAGAAGAGGGGGAGUUUGUUCUGUGUGACUCCUGUAUUUUGCUGAUGAUUCUGUUCCCUUUUUUUCUUUUUUUUAAAUGCAAAGCAUGAAAUUUCAGGGCUCUGCUGAUUUCUGAGUUGUUUACCAGGGCCUGCUCUCGAUUCCUGUUGUAACAGCGCAGGGAUGUGUGCUGCUUUCUGUGUGUUCCCUCACACAAAGCUGCUGCUGCCUUCUAAAGUUGCACUUAACAAGACAGUGCCAUGCAGGAUGACACAGAUAGUGCUGAGCUCUUCAAAUCUCAUCUGAAGAGCCAUACAUUAAAGCAUUCAAGUUUUUAAAGCUUGUCACCUGCAUUUUAAAGGUAGUUCUUGUUUAGCUGGCAACGCUCUCGAGUUUCCAGGGCUGCUUAUUUAUUCAUUUAUCACAUCAUCAUAUUGUGGGAGGCACUUUGUUUCGUGGGAUUCUGACUGGGGCUGUGUUUGAAUUCCCUCUCAUGGAUUUUGCAGCUCUGCCUUAAAGAGAAGCCCCCCGAACCUCCCAGCUCCACAGACAGCAGGGAAGUGGGCUGCUGCAGCAGUGAAAACAGGCAGGAAAGGAAAGCAGGUGAACGAUGAUGUUUGGAAACAUGCUGCAGAAUUCCAGCACUGCCUGUGGCCUCUCCGUGCACACAGGCAGUGUGUGGAAGGCGUCUGUGAGCUGCUGAGAACCGCUCUGCUCAGAGGAGGACCUCUAUUGCUAACCACUGUUCCUCAACGGCACAGCAUUUGUUUUCUUGGCGCUGAAGCAGGGGCAGGAGUGGUACUUCUGCUCACUGCAGGAGAGAUCGGAAGGCCUUUGUGCAUCGCAGCUGUCUGUCGGAUGUAGGUAGUAUGCAAAGCAGAGUUUGAAAGCUUACUUCAAUCAGCAGUGCUAAUCUCUGGUUUAAAAAUGAUAAACGCGAACGGUGAUGACAGCGUCACAGUGAUUCCCGAUGCCUUUUAUUAAAUAAUUUGAUACAGAAGAAAUUCCAAUUGCAUGAUGGUGCUUUGAAGUGACUGAAAGAUGUGGGAGAAGCGCAUCGGAAUCAGAACUCGGCCCUCGAGCAGGGGCUGGGUGCUGUGAGCUCCCAGUGCUGUGUCCCAGGCAAUGGGGAGCUCCCCUUGUGCAGCGGUGUUGGUUUGGCUGUGCCCGGCGUUCCUCCCCAGCUGGAGGGCCCAGAAGUGUGUCAGGGAGCUCCGUGCAUCGGGGGCUGUUGGAGCAGGGCAACCUGCUGACCCUGAACCGAGCUGUGCUGAGCUGAAAUAGCACACGCUGCUGGGAGUCUGAGAGACUCAGUGCAGGGCAGAAUCGGUGCAGAUGUAAAGAUGAGCUCUGGUGGGGGCACAAAGGAUCUCUGUUCCUGUGCAGCACUCUGCCCUCCUUCCUUGGCCUGAGCUGUCCAAGGUAAACAGCGCGAGCCGCUGCUGAUAGCCGUGCUGUGCAGCUCAGCCUCCACUCAGCAGGGCAGCCUUUCUGCUGGGAGCCCACUCGGGUUUCUGUUGUGUUGUUUUUCUAAGGAUACAGUGGCUUUUUUCAUGCUUCCAUCACUAAGGUGCAUUGCAGCCGCCUGCUUCUGCGCUCAGAGCGCGUCCGCUCCCACACAUGGCUGUCUCCUUCUGCUGUAACCAUCCAGCAUCCCCAACACAUGAACUGUAAUUGUACUCCUGGUGCAUUUCAGUGUGUUGUGUGCAGUUCAGUGCACGAACACGUGGAACUGCUCACUGCGCUGCGUUUCAAAGUUUGCUUCAGCUUCAGCAGUGGGGAAUAUUUGCAGUAAUUUGCAUUUCUAGAAGUUACUCAUUUUGCCAGAGCAGAGUUCAGAGCUGUCAGCCCAUCCCCUCUCUGAGGAUGCGUUGGGUUUUUCCCUCGGGGUGGAUUGCAGAGCUGUUGGCACAGGGGUGAGCUGUGCUCGGAGCUCAGAUCCUGGCAGCUCUCAGGUGUGGGCACCCAUUUCUUUUUGGCCUCAUGUUCGCAGAUGGCGUUGUGGGGUGGUGAUGACUUUGAGUUACAGCUACAAAUGCCAAAGCUCCAAACCUGCUGUGGACAACCAUCAGUCAGCAUAAGGAGCUGAUUCUUGAUUAAUCUGAAUAAUGUGCUGGCAUUAAUUCAGGAAAUUACUCGGCACUUCUGGCCGCUCUAUGGCAGCGGUAAUGAGACGCUAAUUGGGCAAAAAGUGGACGUCUUCUCCAGCGUGGUCAAUGGGGAUUUAAACAAGAUGGCUUAAAGGUGUAAUAUUUGUCUUGGUUUUCUCUUCUUUCUCUCUAAUUGCUGAGGAGUGUUUUCUUGGGCUGAAUUCUGUCAAUUUCCAUAAAAGCAUCGAUCAGCCCCUAAUGGUGCAUUCCAUCGAUGCUCUGUGCCUAAAUGUGCUGUCUGCGUACUGCGGGGCGCUUCCCAGCCAACAGGGUGCUGCAGCUAAAGAAAACAAGCUUUGCCUUCUUUAAAACAGCACUUCUGGUUGUGCUGGCUGGCGUUUCUCCCCGUGUCACUGAACUGGUGGAGCUGUUCCUUUGGAGCUGGGCUGUCUGGCUGCUGGCGGGGCUGAGGAAGCAGGUAGAUUUUGGUAGUGAAUGUCAGCUUGCAGCCGUGUGCAUUUUGUGGCAGCAAAGAGUUGCGGCCUUCGUGCUGCUUCCCUUUGGUUCCCCGUUGGCCUAAACUACGUGCAUUCCCAUGCAAACUUGCAGUCCCAAAGGCUUUUGUGUAAACUCGAGGUGGCAGCCAAGCUGUAAGUAUUUAUUAACUCAUUAGCUAAGAUUUGCGUAUCUGAUAGUGCGUGGGAGUUAAAGUUUAAAACGUUGCUUCGAUUCGCUUUAAAUGAUUUGCAUAGGAUGAUUAGUGCCAUGUAAGUGAUAUCAGGGGAUAAGAUUUCUGUCGAGCUCUCCUUUGGUGCUCGUUGGGCCACGUGGGCUCUGCUGAGCGCCCGUUUGUCCACCGGAGCUGUUGUGAUCUCACUGCUGCUUCAUAAUGCUGUGAUGGGGUGUUGAUAGUAGUCCUGUUCUGCAUGUGGUUUCCUCGGAACUGCACAUUCCCCUUCUGCCACAGAAGUCCUUUGCCAUGAGAUAGCAGCACCCACCCACAAAAGCUGGGCCUUAAAUCCCAAAGGAGAGGAGAAGCAGCGGCACGUUCUGACACCACGCUUUGGUGACGAUGCUGCAGCACAGCUGAAUUCCAGCACAGAAUCAUUCAGUACAGCCUGAGUGUGCAGAGGUUUAUCUGCAGGCAGAAGGAACCCGUGCUGGUGCUCCUGUGGAAGAGACCUCCUUGUGUACCAGGAAAUCUUUCGGCUUAAUCAGUUACAGUUGCAGAAAACCCAAUAUUUGCAGCUGGGACAGAGUCGUGGCCAGUACUAUGGUGGGUCGCUGCCAAAUGUGAAUCAGAUUGGAAACAGUGCCAUGGAUCUGCCCUUCCAGCACAACGGAGCUCUGGCAGAAACCUUUGGAGCAGUUCCCGUCUCUUUGACUCCUUUUCAGUCAUCCGGGCUGGACACGAGCAGAACAACCCGGCACCACGGUUUGGUGGAUAGAGUUUAUCGGGACCGAAACCGCCUGGGAUCGCCGCACCGCCGCCCGCUGUCUGUGGACAAACACGGCAGGCAAGUGGACAGCUGUCCGUACGGCACUGUGUAUCUGUCACCUCCGUCAGACACGAGCUGGAGAAGGACAAAUUCAGACUCUGCCUUGCACCAGAGCACGAUGACUCCAGCUCAGCAAGAGUCUUUUUCGGGAGGAUCGCAGGACAUGCAGCAGAAAAGAGUUUUGCUGCUGACCGUCCCUGGGAUGGAGGAAGCCACCUCUGAGGCAGACAAAGCCCUCUCUAAGCAAGGAUGGGACACUAAAAAGACUGGGUCAUCAAGACCUAAAUCAUGUGAAGUUCCAGGAAUCAACAUCUUUCCAUCAGCUGACCAGGACAACACUACAACCCUGAUUCCUGCUACGCAUAACACGGGCGGCUCCCUGCCGGACCUGACAAACAUCCAUUUCCCUUCCCCCCUCCCCACGCCGUUAGAUCCUGAGGAAUCCACGUUCCCUGCCCUGAGCAGCUCCAAUAGCACUGGGAACCUUGCUGCCAACCUGACUCACCUGGGCAUCAGCACUGCCACUCAGGGGAUGACGCCGCCGGCUCCGUCCCAGCAGCACCGGCAGCCCAACGUCAGCCCCCUCUCGCUGAGCGCGGACUCGAGGCGGCCGCAGUCGCAGCAGAUGUCUCCGACGCUUUCCCCUCUGUCACCGAUCACUCAGGCCGUGGCGAUGGAUGCGUUGUCUCUGGAGCAGCAGCUUCCCCCGUACCCGUUUUUUACCCAGACAACUUCCCAGCAACAGCAGCAGCCCCAGGUGGUGAGCAGCCUGCCUCAGAGCACUCCGUUAAUGCAGACCUCUGGUUUACAGCGAGGAACACAGCUGCCCCCGCUCUCCGUCACAGUACCUUCCACCAUCCCACAGUCGCCCCCGGGCAGCCAGAGCCAGAGCCAGCCGUCCAUGGGAAUAGACAUCAACUCGGCUUCACUCCAGCAGUACCGCAGUAAUGCUGGCUCCCCAGCCAACCAGUCUCCCACCUCUCCUGUCUCCAAUCAAGGCUUCUCUCCUGGCAGCUCCCCUCAACAUUCUUCCAUUCUGGGGAGUGUAUUUGGUGACUCCUAUUAUGAUCAGCAGAUGACAGCUAGGCAGGCUAAUGCCCUAUCCCAUCAGCUUGAACAGUUUAACAUGAUAGAAAACGCCAUUAGUUCCAACAGCCUGUACAGCCCCUGCUCCACGCUUAACUACUCCCAGGCAGCAAUGAUGGGCCUCACCGGCAGCCACGGCAGCCUGCAGGACUCGCCGCAGCUCAGCUACUCCAGCCACGGGAACAUCCCCAACAUCAUCCUGACAGUGACAGGAGAAUCUCCUCCCAGCUUAUCGAAAGAACUGACCAGCUCUUUGGCAGGAGUGGGCGACGUCAGCUUCGACGCGGAUUCCCAGUUUCCUCUGGAUGAACUCAAAAUUGACCCUUUAACCUUGGAUGGACUGCACAUGCUGAACGACCCGGACAUGGUCCUCACCGACCCCGCCACAGAGGACACGUUCCGGAUGGACCGGCUGUGACGUGCGGGCGCCGGGAGCUCAGGAGUGGGGUUGUUCCUGGAUCAGCCGAAGCAGAGAGUCCAUGGGUCAGUCGUGUCAGAGCCGGAGCUGCUGAGAGCCGGAGCUCUGUCCUGUACAACAUGUACAAUGAGUAAAGCUUGUCGUUCUAAGCUUGCAGCGCUGCAGACCCCUACUCCCUGUCGCGCCGUAUUUUGCCCCUUGUCCACUCAUUGCCAUUAACGAGCAAGGAGUUUCCAUCAGCCUUCUCCUCUCCAGAGCCCCCCCCCGCCCCCCACCAAAGCUCCAGCGUUGUCAAUUUAUCCUUUGCACUAGAAGGGGGUGCUCUUGGGCAGGCGAGGGGGGUCCGGAGCCAAGGGAAAAUUGAUUCUCUCUAACGAUCCAAAUUCUGGCUGUGGUUGGAGCGGGGGGAGGCGCCCAGGAGUGCCCCCUCCUCCCCUGUGAAUCGGGAAGCAAAUCUCUGCAUUGCUGCCCCGGGGGGGGCAGGGGAGCUCCUGUGGUGUUGUGUCUGCUUUGUGACAGCUGCUUCGUAGGGCGAGCGCUUGUUCCUUGAUCGAUGUGCCCCGUUUGUCUGCAGGUGUUCCCCGCCGUCGUUCUGCCUCCCUGCGCUGAGCAGACUGUGCACGUGGAGGAGCCGCCCCACGGCCUUUGCAGCCGGCGAUUGUAAACACUAUUUUCAAAGCUUCUUUUCUUAAAAACAAACAAACAAAUUUAUAUAUAUAUAUGUAAUAUAUAUAUUUAUAUAUAUGUAUACAUAUAUAUGGCAUUUCUGAGCACACAAAAAAGUACUAUAAUUCAUUACUUGAUGAGCACGGAGGGAGGAUCGGGGAGUUUUGAAGCAGCUGGAGGCAGGCAGGAGGACGGGCGCAGAGCAGAGGCCUGGCUUUGCUCAGUGAGAGGUUCCUGGGCAGCAGGGGGGCGUUCCUGCAGCAGUGAAAUCACCACAACUGGUUUUAUUUUUUAUUCUUAUUCAUUACUUAUUCUGUUACUGUUAUUUAUGAUUUCUUUUUUUUUUUUUUUUUUAAUUUAAGUAUUUGGAUAUUAGCAAAGUAGCUGAACUACAUACCGCCAACCGAAGCACUCUAUGUAAUACUUGUACAUCUUUUUGUGUUUUUAUUCCAGAAAUAUAUUAUAUAUAUUAUAUAUAUAUAGGUAUUUUUAACUAACUGGAAUUCUGAACAGACGUUGAGCAGCAGGAAGCUGAGGGUGAGGGUUCCCUCCGCCGUGGUGGAGCAGCGUGGUCAGAGUGCGGGGACUCCUUUCAGCGUGGGGUGAAUCUGCUCACCCCAUGGCCAGGCAGUGCAGCCGGGGCAUGUUGGGCUUCUGGUAACCCACAGUAGAUGGUUUCUGUUGGUCCUCAUUGCUGCGGUGUGGCUGAGCAGUGUGACAGUGUCCUUUGCUGCCCGCUGGCCGUGCUGCUGUGCAGCUGGUGAGCUGUGGUGGUUCUGUCUGCACUCCCAGGGCUCUGUCUGGUUGGAAAGAUGGGUUUAAAGGUUUCUCGGAGCAUCACUGCUGGCACUGUUACAGCGCUGUCGGUGUGACGCCGAAGGAGGCACCAUGAUGGGCCCUCAGUGCACGUCCCUCCUCAGCAGAGUUAGGAGCUGGCAUUAUUUGGGUUUCGUUAACAAAGCGACCGUUAGGAGCUGCGUUAAUGAGGCAGUGAUGGGAAGCCCUCCAUGCGGGAGGGGUGGAACGCCCACAUUGAGGUUAAAUACACCUCAAUUAAAGAGCCCUUUUAGUUCCCAUUUCCAGACGAGCUGUCCCUCCGGCACUGCUCGGCCCAGCCCUGCUCUCUGUGCACUCCGAGUCCCCGGGCUUUGCUUUUUGUCUCCGUUCAUCGCCAGCUGCUGCCGGCUUUAAGCAGAGCCCCGCAGCGCUUCUCCCCGCUCCGUCGGGGUUUGGUGCUGCUUAUGGGGCUGCCCCACUUCUAAUGAGUUAUACACAUUUCUGUGUGCUUCCAGAAAUCAGCGGGACGCCGUCCUGAGAUUCGUGCAAGCGCUGCUGCGUGGAACCGCUGUUGGGGUGUGUGUGUGUGUGUGUGUCGGGGCGGUGUUUGCUCACGGUUGUGCCAUUAGUUGACCAUUUGCACUAAACAUGUUUCCUUUCCGAUCGUUUCCCCGUGUCCGUCUCUGCCCUCCCUUCCCAUGCAACUGGAAGGUCCCUCCCCGCGCAACAGAGCAUCUUUGUUGGAAGUGUUUGUCGGGCUGCACGCCCUGCAGUGCUCCGUAACUCCCAGCAUCCACGCGUUUCGGGUCGCCGAUGCUUUUUCAAUCGGAGAAAACCAAAAGGCAGCUCCGACUGGGAGGAGUCCCACAAAGGUCAGUGAUGCGGAGCCCUUGGCUUCGACGCAGCCACAAAGGUACGGUGUGAGUGGGGAUGCUGCUGGCCGCCCCGUGUUCUGUGCAGUUCUGUCCGUUCCUCGGUGGGAUUUCUGUCUGCAUCGCUCUCUCGUUCGAUUGACUCUUAGGCACAUGCAUGUCAGUUCUCGUCUGUGAUCUGUUUAUUUAAAACCGGAGUCGCUUCAGAAUGAUGAGGUUCCGAACUGGAGACUUUCACAGGGAGCUGUUGCUAAAUGCUACCUUCUCAGUUUUUUUUAACUACACGUGUAUAUAAGAGAUCUUGUUUAUUAGACUUGUAAGUAGACAUUUAAAAUGGCCUUAAUUUAAAACAACAACAACAAAAAACCAACAAAAAAAAAAAUCACAUCUGGAUGCAACCGUCCAAAUUCGGGACCACGUGGCUGAGAGGUGCGGGAUUUGUUCCUUCCUCCCGGGGGGGGUUGAGGUCACAGCACUGAGCAGCUCCGUGCUUUGCUCCGCUUCCUGCGGCGCCGCGCCGUGCAGAGGAGGGUCUGCCCACCCCCCCACCUCCCAGUCUGUAUUUCCACUGCGUGUGCAUGAAAAUAGCCCAUGGAAGCGUCAGAUGUAAACGCGGAGGGGAGCUGCGGUGUUUGGGGGGGAGCCUUUGUGGUUGAUGAGCCGCCAGUUCUGUUCUGACGUUAAAUGUGGGUGUGUUGGGAGCUGCUGCCCUCAGAUCAGACGUGUCAGAGUGGGAGGAAAGGUCGUGCAGCAAAAUCCUGCUGCUGUCAUUUAUACCUUUUUCAGUUAAAUAACCACAGAGCUGCAUGGGGUCGGAGUUCCCAUCUGGACGUACCUUCUGAACGGGCCUGGCCCUCCUCGCACUGCGCUUUCGUAUGAAUAUAGAGAGCUCCCAAGCAGACUGUUGCAUUUGCCAAUACAAUGGGGAACCGCUAGGAAUGAACUUUCCGUUUAUAGAAUACUGUGAUUUUCAAAAGAAAUGCGGGUUUGUGCUGCUCCCCGCAGUGCAGGUGGGGGCCCUCGCUGUGCCUCGAGGCCGCGUUCUCACUGCGAUGGGUCCGCUCAGCUCCCCUCUGCUGUGUGUGGCUGCAGCACAGCCCCGUCCCUCACUCCGGCUUUGCAUGGCAGCGGCACUUCGCCCGCGCUCAGCCGCAAUCCCUUCUGUGCAGAACGCCUUCCCUUCGGGUCCUGUUUUUCUUCUUGUAAAGAGGAAGGGGGGAGAAAGGUUUCCAGAAAGAGGCUGUCCAUUCACUGAAGGAGGUUAUUGACCGUUUGUGCAUUUUAUUACCUUGAAAAAAACAAACAAAAGGGUUUCUAAGAAAGCAUUCCUGAGAACCACUCAGCAGAAGUGUUUGCGGACCGACCAGGAGAGCCGCCCUCUGCGUCCCGCUCUGCUCAGCCGGAGCUGUUUGUGCCCCCAGAAGGGGAGCGGAUCCCCCCUGGGCCGGGAGGGCAGAGCCGGGCCGGGAGCACAGCAGGCAUUCCUCUGAGAAGCAGAACCCCCGCACUGUGAUGGCAGUGGGAGCGCAGGCAGCGCCUGUUCCGCGUCUGUGUUCUUUUUAAAAGAAAAACCCCAAAAACGGGGAAAAAAACCCCAGAUACUGAUGAUUUGUAGUGUUCCUGUUCUUUGUAAUUUCUAGUUGCAUCUUAUUUAUACUGCGCAGUGUAGGCAUGGAUUGCAUGUCGGUUUUCUAUGCGGGCACCACGAUGACAUGAUAACUGUGUACUAUAAAUCAUUUUUACCUUUUUAAACAGAACCAUUGUGUGGGAUUUCUAUACUGCAAAACGAAACACUACAUUACGUACUCUAUUCAUUUGUGUUAUUUAUUUUACUUCUCGGUGGGGGAGGGGGGUGGUUUGAACUGUGGUGUACAUUGCCUUAUGUGGGCUUGACCAAUUUUAUCAAAAUAAAGGCCUGAAGGGGUAAAUGCACUGCCUGUUUUCUUUGGGAGGUGGAGCUGUGGCUGUCGGAGGGGCGCUGCAGGGUAAGCACGUAGUGCAGAGCAGUGCACAGCACGGGGAAUCCGUGCAGAAGGGGAAGGGGGAUGUGAUGGCAGGGAGCGGGCUGAGCUCCUACCUCUGUGUCACAUCAGUGAUUGCCCCCCGAGUGCCAGGAGUCCGACCCGCGCGGUGUUCUCCCGGGAGCAGCGCAGCCUCCUCUCUCUUCUCUCUCUCCUCUCCUCUCCAUUGCUGGCAGGGAUGGCUUUGCUCUUCGCUUGUUGCAGGUUUUCUGCUUAGGGGAUGGGAAGAGUCUGUGUGAGCGCUGUGGAUUCCUGCAGGUUAAGGUGAUGAGACCAGAAGUCAGAAGGAGUGGAGCAGCCAUCUGCUUUCCCCCUGCAGCUGUUUGUGGACAGCAGGUGUGUGCCCUUCCGUCCCCGGGUUUCAGGCGCAGCGCAUCUCCUUGGCCCGACGCGUUGUGUUCUGUGUUGGGAUGUCGCUCCCUCUGCCAUUUCCUGGGCGGUUUGUUGGGCAGCUCUGAACUUCUCUCUGUAUUUCAGAGUCACCGCAUUCCGGGUUCAGCCGUAGCAAAGGGCUCUGGAGCAGUGCCUGUGCCUGCAGGUCCCGCAGCCAUCUGUGUGCAGUGCGGGGGUUCCCACUGGAACCCGCAGCUGAGCUGCAGUGGGCGCACAGCGGUGAGCACUGCUGGGAAGGAGCCCGGUGCCAGCGUAGGAAGUGGAGCGAUUUGGCACAAAGCACCGCUUAUUUAUUCAGCAGCCAAUGUGUUGGAGGAAAGGUCCGACAGAUGUGAGCAUCCCGCAGAGCUCUGUUCCUGCUGCCGAACGCCCCCCUGCCCGCUGGGAGCAGCAGCAUGCAGUGCUGGGUGGUGGCCGCGGUCAGCAGCGGCCGCAGGGACGGAUCUCUGUGGGAUCUGAUGUGUUUUCCUCACUGCUUUUCUGCUGAUGGUGUUUCUGCCGUCGCUGUCACACAUCUGAGACUGAGCAGUGACGGCGCCUCAGACGGUUCUUACAGCAGAUGAUGGGAUGGCAGUGGAGAUGAUAGGUUUGACUGCUUUACUCCUUAAUUUUCCUGCCUUCAGCCUAUACAGGUUUCUGAAUUCCUCCUUUUUUUGUUACGAUUUAACUGUGCAGAUAGGUGGUAUUUCCCCUUCGUGGCUGCUGCUGUGUUCAAACAAAGCCGAUGGGUUUGAUGGGUUUCAUCAGCAGAGACUGAUGCGUGUGGCACUGUGCUGGGACAGAUUGCUUUUGUUCUGCCAUCGCUGUCACUCCUCGUGCUGUGACUGGGGCAGGGCACGCGUUGUAGGGGCUGUUUCAGAGCGUGGAUGCGUUGAUAUCUCAGUGGUCACCAAUUGUUUGCUGCUUUGAAGAGGUUCUCCCGCUGCCUGCCGGGGUCGGGGCGGCCGCUGGGCCAAUGGGUUCUGUCAGUGCUGUGUUGGUUCUGAUGGUUUCUCCUUUGCUUUGAGCCGAUGGUUGGGACUGAGCAGUGCUGAGCUGCUGCGGAGUGGCAGCCGGGCAGGUGACCUCACACCCAUAGCACUGGAGGCGUGCUGUGUUUUGCUGCUUUGCUGUUUGGAAGAACGCUGUGUCCGUGUGUCCGUGCCACCCACCCACCUGCAAUGAGCGAAGUCCAACUGGGCAGAUGCUCCCAGCCCUCCCCUGGCUGUGGCUUAGCGGACACAUUCACGUCGGUGUGGCUUUUUUUGCUGUUGAAGUCAUGGGGUUGUUAAUAUAUGUUGAGUCACGUUUUCUUUUGUAAUAUAUUUCUUAGUUUUAUUGUGGCAAAUGAGAAUGAAGUGGGCCUCGCAGUGAUAGGGACCAGAGGGUGUUUGUGUGUUGGCAAAGCCGAGGGCUGUCCUGUGGCAUUGUGCUCUUCUGCUCCUUGUUUACAUAACCCCAGGAGGCUUUGGGGGGGGACAGUUAAACAAAUAUUAUCCAGAUUUCAUCUCCUGGCCCACUUUAGAAUAUCCUUCAAUAAACAAACGCGGACAGACAGAGCAGAUGCAGGCACACAGAGAGCUCUGGGUGGGAAUUGAGGGCUGCAGAGCGGGCACAGAUCUCCCCCUGCUCCAUCUGAGACCUGUGCAGAGUGGUCCAUCCUGCAGCUCUUGCCUUAAAUGUGCAAUAGAAUCUCUUCCCUCAGUAAGCUUAAAUUGUUGUAAUUUGCUCUUGGUGAGGGGAAGUCUGGGAUGAGGCUUCAGCUCGUGCUGAGGGGUUCAUAUUUGUAAUACCGUUGACCAAACCUUGGAAGUGGGGCAGGUUCUGGGUGUGCAUUCAGCCCGAGUGUGGGUUCAGCACAAAGCAGACGUGCUGCUGGCUCUGCUUAGGCUCUGCUCACAGCGUGCUGAUCUCGUUCUGCCUUCUGAGCUGCUGUGUCUGUGCGGCCCAACGGUUCCUUUGCACAUCCUAUGGAUUAGUCAACACACCUUUUGUAUACCGUGGUUUAGAAAAAAAAAAGGGCAGAAGGUCCCAGUUUAUAAAUCCAAUUUGAGAACUGUUCUGCAGUAGUGGAGUGUCAGUGUUUCCUUCAGGAACUGUACAGGCGUAAGCUUACUCCCAGAAACGGAGCUGAGUUCUGCCAUGCGGAGGGCAGGUGUUGAAGGCAGCGCCAUCUGCUCUGGCUCUUCGUCAAGUGAGAAAAGCAGCAGUUACCAAAUGCCUUUGCUUAUGUGCGACGAUCCAAGGCUCUGUCUGACAGGAAAGGGUUAAGUGUGGAUCGGUUUGGGGAUCCAUCGGACAUUAAAUACAGGGAAGACGAGCAGGUAGAACUUCUCUUUUUGCAGAGGAGGUGAUGAGCAUGGAAGGUACAUGAUAAUAUUUAUGGAGCAGAACGUUGUGGGGACAGGGCUUGCUUAAACAAAGCUUCCUUUACUUACUGGAUCCUGAAUGUCCAUGGCAUGAGCACCUACAGACGAUACCCGCGUGUAUGAAUAUACCUAUACACAUCCACUGAUCUCUGCUCAGCAUUAUACAGCGUAGCGAUUAAAAUAUUGUAUUCCAGUCAGCUAUUAACUAAUAAGGCAGUAGAUACCGAAGUUUUCUUUUGGGAGGAAUUAGAAGUUUUAGCUACUUUUUCUUGUUACCUUAACAGAGCCCCCAUCUGUGGAGGGAUUCCUCAUAGAAGUGGAAGUUAAACGUGUUCGUGCUUAUGGAGGGAAGGUUUGAUUUUAAUAAAAUUAAAUACAGCUGCUUUUGGCAGCUUCUCUCACAGACUGGCAGCUAAAAACAACUUUAUGUAGUUCGUUGAGCUUGGGAAAAAAAACGUCAGAUUUAUGCAUUUUCAGAGACAGUAUAAUAUACUGUUCUUUACGAGUUAACUUUUUCUAUUAAGAUAAUUUGUGGAUUAUUUCACUGAUAUAUGCAAUCCUAUAUUCAGCUACAGUGUUGGUGGCACAGGAACGCUGGAAAAAUUGUCCCUGCGACAUAAAAGUUUUAUUUAUUGUGUUUUUUCUAUAGGUAAAGUGGAAAACUGAAGUUGGCUUUAAGUGUUUGCAAUCUGAGAAAUGAUGUGAAAAAGCAGCUCAACUAAAUGUACAUUCUUUUCGACCUUUUCUUUUUUGUGUGAAGGCUUUUGUCUUUGUAUCUUUGCAUUAUUUGUAAAUGAAAUGUAAUAAAAGUUCAAAUGUU